GGAGCGAUUUGGCGCGAGCGCUUCCGCGCUGUCAUGACAACCGGCGAGGCCGAGCGGGCGGGAGAGAGAGAGAAGGCGAGGCCCCGGACACCGGGGACCGAGAGGAACCGGGACCUGGGGCAGGAGAAUUUCUCUGCAAACAGUGUUUAAAGAUGUCUGCCCUUAACCUUAAUUCUGGUGAUGGUGCAGAUGACAGAGUCCUUCUUCUGCGAGAGAAGUUGAUUUGUCGGGACUCUCAAAUUUCUACUGUGCUGUCAAUAAUGGGAGAGCCUCAUCACUACAGUUACCCCUCAAUUUUUGUUUAUGGACAUACAGCCACAGGGAAAACUUAUGUGAUGCAAACGUUGCUCAAAACAUGCAAGCUUCCCCAUGUGAUUGUCAAUUGUGUGGAGUGCUUUUCUUCGAGGAUGCUUUUCGAACAAAUCCUUAACCAAUUGCAGGGACAUUGCCUUUCCCCUGAAAACGAAUACUCUUCAUUUUUGCGAUGUGAUACGCUCAAUGACUUUGUUCGACUAUUUAAGCAGCUGAUCCAUGAACAGAAUUUGCACGAACAAACCAUUUACAUCGUAUUGGAUAAAGCUGAAAAGCUACGGGAAAUGGAUGCAAACCUGCUACCGGGGUUGCUGAGGUUACAAGAACUGGCUGAAACAAAUGUCACUGUUAUUUUCCUCAGUGAAAUUGUCUGGGAAAAGUUUCGCCCAAGUACAGGCUGUUUUGAGCCUAUAACUCUGUACUUUCCUGACUACAGCAAAGCUGACCUUCUGAAAAUUCUUACACACGACCAUCCUAAAGAGUUCUGUGCUGAUUUUUACACUUCCUAUAUUAACAUUCUUCUCGGUGUGUUCUAUAUGGUCUGCAGAGAUCUGAAAGAACUCCGACAUCUGGCUGCACUAAAUUUUCCAAAGUUCUGUGAACCUGUGUUGAAAGGCAAAGCGAAAGAAGAAGAUGUGCAUCGCCUCUAUAAAAACAUUGAACCCCAUCUGAAAAAAGCAAUGCAAACCGUUUACCUAAGAGAAAUCUCCAGUUCUCAGUGGGAGAAACUGCAGAAGGAGGAUAAAGAAGAGGGUCAUCUGAAAGGACUUUCUGCUCAUGCACACAUUGAACUUCCGUAUUACUCCAAAUUCCUGCUGUUUGCUGCUUACCUUUCCUCCUACAAUCCUGCCAGAACAGAUAAAAGGUUUUUCUUGAAGCAUCAUGGGAAGAUCAAGAAAACAGCAUUUCUGAAGAAGUACGAAAAGACCAGCAAUCACCUCCUUGGCCCCAAACCAUUCCCUCUGGAUAGGCUGUUGGCAAUUUUCUACAGCAUUGUGGAUAGUAGAGUUGCUCCCACUGCAAGUAUAUUCUCUCAGAUCUCCUCCCUGGUGACGCUUCAGCUUUUAACUCGUAUUGGCCACGAUGAUCAGCUUGAUGGACUGAAGUACAAAUGUACAGUGACUCUGGAUUUCAUCCGAGCUAUUGCCAGGACUGUGAAUUUCGAUAUAGUGAGGUACUUGUAUGAUUUUGUGUGACACCAGAUGCACAGCCAUAUGGAUGCAGCAGGCGAUGAUCAAUGCUUUUGCACCAAGUCACACUGAUUCAUCUAUUCAGCUUAUAAGAGACAGAGGCAUUUUGGCUCCAUUGGAUUUUCCCAAGCAGGUGUUGGCACAGUGUGGGAUUUAACGAAAAAUAUCUUGAUUGGUCAGAAUGGAUCUUUAGAUUGAACUAUUUGCCAAAGACUCUGGAGUAUUUUGAAGCUAUGUGUUAAUUAUUAACAGCAGGAAUCCAGCACAAUCUGUUCCAAAAUAAUAACAUUGCAGUAGCACUAAAAGCUGCCUGAAAUGUAUUUACUUGAAAGUCUUCUUUCGUGAAGUGGCCUUCUCUCAGAAUGUGGUUGCGGUACACAUUUGUGGGUGUGUGUGUGACCAUUUUUUCACUUUUUGAAUUGUCUGCUGCAAUUUGGAAUCCCCAAGAGAUCUUGCAGUCAUUAUUCACGCUGAAAGCCAUUUCUUCUCAUUUGUCAAUGUGCAUAUAGAAAUAUGCCUGUGGUAUAUUGCGCCUUUUUGAUAUUCAAUUGUAAGUCCCAAAAAAGAAUAUUCUUUAUGUGGAGGAAAGUAAACGCCAUGUAAAACACGUUAUGUGUCUUGCAACCAGCCUUUUAUACUCAUUACCAGUCUAUAGGUUUAUUUCCGUCUGCCACUGGGUCGCACAUUUCACAAUGAAGAUUUUUUAAACCCAGUGUUGAUAUGAUGAUCCUGAAGGUUGUCUGUUAGCUUUAAUUCUGCAGGAAUUCGGUCUCAUGGUACAAUUAACCACUGACCAUGUUGCUCUGUUGCUGAUUUUAAAUGUGAAAGGGAAUUACAAUACUGCUGAUUAGCACAGAGAACUGAAUAAAUGUGUCUUGACGCACACCUUCUGUGCUUGAUAUUGCUUCUUUCUCCCUGGUCAAUUGGCAUUUUCCCAACGACUGUUGGGGGCAGCUAUUUCGAAGAGGAUAGAGCUUUAGCGAUUAAAAACCUGAAUGCUGAAAAUCUGAAAUAAAAAGAAGAAUUGCUGAAAUACACGCCAGGUUGAUUAACAUUUCAAAUAGCAUGGCUUAAAGAUUCAUCGGAAUAGAAUUACACACUGGUAAGAAAUGUAAAGAAUGAAUUGAGUCCACAUCAAGACUCGAUUGCUUCAUAUGUAAGUACAUUGCCUGCACUGAUGAUGACUUGAGGAAAGGCACACAUGAAACAUAUUUAAUUGUAUUAUUUCACCACCCCCGAUAACUUUAGCAGAUAAAAAUGAGAGGUGAUGCAAGCAAAUGGAUGGCUUGUGGGUGUGUCAGUGUUUGCGACUGGCAGCUUGUCAACCAAAUAUGUUUCAAUCUCAACUGACUUAAAAGGUUUACCUACUGAGUCUCUCUGUUUGUCGUCUGACUGAAAUUAGCUGUUUUUUUAACCUGUGCAUCCAGUGAGAAAUAAAGGAAUGUAUUAUUGCUG